GUGUCAUUUUCAACUAGCUAGGUAGUAGAGACUAGAGAGCAUCUAUAAUGGGGACAUCUUUAUAUCAACGCUGCGUCGCCAAAGUUAUGCGGAUUCCCUUCUAUCUUUCUCUCUCCAGUCUUACAGCACUGUGAUUUCUUUGGCUUUGUCCCCAGUGGCAUAUACAAUAUUCCUCCUUUUGGGGUUGAUGGUUGCGUAGCAUUCCCGCCGUGAGGAGAAGUGGAAGCAGAAGCACGAGCAUGGAGAGAGCGAGGCGAGCUAUUCACGCUGGGGCUUGGUACACUGAUAAUGCAAGGCAAUUAGGAGAGGAGCUGGAUAGAUGGUUAAGAGCCAGUGGCCAGUCUAAGUCUCCUGAUGUACGAGGUGUCAUUGCUCCGCAUGCAGGCUACUCAUAUUCGGGUCGUUGUGCAGCGUUUGCAUUUGCAAGCAUUGAUCCUCAAAGCACGUCUCGUGUGUUUCUUCUUGGUCCCUCACACCAUUAUUACACUCCAAAGUGUGCUAUCUCAAGGGCUACAGUUUACAAGACGCCUCUGGGGGACCUUACAAUUGAUUUAGAAGUUAAUGAAGAACUUAAAGCAACCGGGAAAUUUGAGGUCAUGGAUCUUCAAGUAGAUGAGGCAGAACAUAGCAUGGAGAUGCACUUACCAUACCUUGCAAAAGUUUUUCAGGGGUGGCCAGUGAAAAUUGUACCUAUUCUUGUUGGUUCUCUCAGUUCUGAGAGUGAGGCAAUGUAUGGACGUUUACUGGCCAAGUAUGUUGAUGAUCCAAAAACAUUUUUCUCUGUCUCAUCUGAUUUUUGCCAUUGGGGAACCCGUUUCAAUUAUGUAUACUAUGAUAGAAAGGAAGGGGCAAUUUACAAAUCAAUUGAGGCCUUGGACAAGAAAGGCAUGGACAUUAUAGAAUCAGGAGAUCCUGAUGCUUUUAAAGAUUACUUGCUGGAGUAUGAUAACACCAUUUGUGGCAGACAUCCCAUCAGUGUGUUUCUUCAUAUGUUAAGGAACUGCUCAUUGAAAAUGGAUAUUUCUUUCAUUCAAUAUGAGCAAUCCAGCCAGUGUAGAAGCAUGCGAGAUAGCAGUGUCAGCUAUGCAUCAGCAGUGGCUAAAGCAGAGGCUUGAAGUAACAAAUUUGUGAUUUCAAAGACAUUACAAAUAUAAUUCUAUAAUGUUGGGCUUAAAGAGCUGGCUGUGGUUUUCAUUUGAUAUUAUUAUAUAAUUUAAUGGUAAAAUUCAAGUAUUUUGGGGUGGACUUAUCUUCCUAUGUCUUGUUUGAUCUGUGGCUUCUAGUUGAGGCAAUUAUUUUGUAGUCAACUAGUUCGUUCCACAGUUUGUUUUUUUACUCAACUUCAAAUCAUAAACGUUGCUUCUUGUUAA